AGUUGUACUCAGAGUUGCCCAGAGUCGCCGUAUUGACGUGAUGUGAGCAUUAUGGCGGCUAGAGCUUUGGGUUCAAUUCUGCGUAAAAACGCAGGAUUUUUCGGCGCAGGCAGGUUAUUACCGUCGAAUAAUGUACCGGCGAUCGUCGAUGUGCAACAUCGUUAUGCUCACCAAUGGAACCCGGACUUGGAAUAUCUCAAGCAGUUCAACAAACCUGUGUUAUACAGCACGGAGAAGCUUGAUUGGAUACCACCCCAAAAUGAGUCCAUCAUCGUUGGGCCGCCUGAACCAAAGCAAACUAUAGAGAACAUGAAGCUAAACUUUGGCCCGCAGCAUCCUGCCGCUCACGGUGUGCUGCGGUUAAUCCUGGAAUUGGAAGGCGAGAUUGUGCUCAAUGCUGAUCCACAUAUUGGUCUUCUUCAUCGUGGUACGGAGAAGUUGAUCGAAUAUAAGACCUACAUGCAGGCGUUACCAUACUUUGACCGCUUGGACUAUGUAUCCAUGAUGUGCAACGAGCAGUGCUUUUCCCUGGCGAUAGAGAAGCUGUUGAAUAUAGAUGUGCCUAUACGUGCAAAGUAUAUUCGAGUUCUCUUCGCAGAGCUUACAAGGAUCCUGAAUCACAUUAUGGGCGUCGGAACGCACGCGUUGGAUAUCGGUGCUCUCACACCUUUCUUCUGGCUGUUUGAGGAGCGCGAAAAAAUGAUGGAGUUUUACGAGCGUGUAAGCGGCGCCCGUAUGCACGCAGCUUACGUACGACCUGGUGGUGUCUCACUAGACUUGCCGUUGGGUUUGAUGGAUGAUAUAUACGACUGGGCAUCCAAGUACUCUGAACGAUUGGAUGAAAUAGAGGAUCUGUUGACGGAAAACAGAAUCUGGCGGCAUCGUACAACCAAUAUUGGUGUUGUAACUGCAGAGAAUGCAUUGAAUAUGGGUUUCAGUGGCGUGAUGUUACGAGGUUCUGGAAUAAAGUGGGAUCUGAGGAAGGUUGCACCUUAUGAUGCUUACCAUCUGGUCGAAUUUGACGUUCCAGUUGGCACAAAUGGCGAUUGUUAUGACAGGUAUCUGUGUCGCAUGGAAGAGAUGCGUCAGUCACUGCGCAUUAUCAACCAAUGCCUGAAUCAGAUGCCCGAGGGCGAAGUGCGAUGUGAUGAUGCCAAAAUAGUGCCGCCGCGGCGGGAGGAGAUGAAAACAAGCAUGGAAGCGCUCAUCCAUCACUUCAAACUGUACACUCAGGGCUUCCAGGUACCACCAGGCGCGACGUAUACCGCGAUCGAGGCGCCGAAGGGCGAGUUCGGCGUUUACCUUGUCAGCGACGGCAGCAGCAAGCCGUACCGGUGCAAAAUCAAAGCGCCGGGCUUUGCUCAUCUGGCGGGCCUGCAGCACAUAGGACCUAAACAUUUUCUCGCUGACAUAGUCGCCAUCAUUGGUACACUGGACGUAGUGUUCGGCGAGAUCGAUAGAUAAUUUUAAUGUUCUCCUAAUUAAAACGCUGUAAUAUCUUGCGGUACUGCGCGACGUCGCAGUACGCAAUGCGCUCGCCGAGUCUCCAUUACUGAUGGAUGCGCAAUUUUCCCGCACGCAAACCAUAAUGCAAAGUGCAAUUGACAAACGACAAGAGAGAAUUACGAGAGACCUUCGUUCGUCGCGCGCAAGAACGAAGAACAACGUCGUUUCGCAAAUUUCUUCUUUCAAUACAAAUAAAACAGCGCUUCUAUGUUACCUCUGUGAGCGUAUCUAUAUUUGGAUACCAGAAUUAUAGUGGUGUCGGUUGAGAAGCGCAAUAAAAUAGUAAAUAAUUACCAUCGUCGACCUAAAUUCCGGAUCAUAAGUAAAAUGUUCACGAGUGAGAGGAAACCGAUAGGAAAGAAAUCUGGUAUACUUUU